GCCUCAACGUAUCUACUUCCGGUUUACUUGACGCAACGUCCGUGUACCCUCGCCACACUUACUUGUUUCGUGUUCCCUUCUCUUUACCAAACGAGCUCCUUCACAGCACUCUCAUCGGUGUCCCGCAGACGUCACUGAAGAAGAUCUUCACCCUGAGAAACACUAUCCCCUCUAUUUGGAACUGGAGUUGGAGUCGGAGAUGUUGUACAUCAAACAGGAAGCGGAGCCAGACAUUCCCUACAUCAAAGAAGAAGAACAGGAAGAAGAAAUCUUUCCAUUGACCGUCAUUGUGAAGAGCGAAGAAGAUGAAGGUCCAAGCGAAGAGAGCGUAGCAGUGAAACAUUCCAGCGACAGCUCCUUUCAGGACCUGACAACAAAACAAGAAGGACGAUCGCAACCGGACGGCCUCUUCGCUCCACUUUCGGACAGCGACAAUGUAACGUUACACUCUUCUGUCACUGACACAUAUGAGGAGGAGGAUGACUUUGACGCAAAUGCUUUAAAAUCCUUAAACAGGUCAUCAUUGAAAAGAAAUGCAAAAGAAUGUGCGGGUGGGAAACCGUUUGCCUGCACACUUUGCGACAAAGAAUUUUCCCAUAAGACUCUGUUAGAAAGACACACGCGUACACACACUGGAGAAAAGCCUUUUGUCUGCACACUUUGCAACAAAGGAUUUUCUCAGAAGUCUCAUUUAAAAAUACAUAAGCGCACACACACUGGAGAAAAGCCUUUUGUCUGCACAUUUUGUGGCAAAAGAUUCGCCGAGAAGGGAAACUUAAACCAACACACAAACAUACACAGUGGAGAGAAGCCUUUCGCCUGCUCACUUUGUGAUAAAAGAUUUUCUCAGAAGACUCUGUUAGAAAGACACACGCGUACCCACACUGGAGAAAAGCCUUUUUUCUGCACACUUUGCAACAAAAGAUUUUCUCAGAAGACUAAUAAAGAAAAGCAUAUGCUUUCACACACUGGAGAAAAGCCUUUUGUCUGCACAUGUUGUGGUAAAAGAUUCGCCAAGAAGGGAAAUUUAAACCAACACACAAGCACACACAGUGGAGAGAAGCCUUUCGCCUGCUCCUUGUGUGAGAAAAGGUUUUAUUUUCAAUCUCAGUUGACAAGACACAUGCGUAUACACACCGGAGAAAAGCCCUUUGCCUGCUCAGUUUGUCAUAAAAGAUUCUGUCAGAAGAGCUCUUUAAUCAGACACGCAAGAACACAUACUGAAGAGAAACCUUUUGACUGCUCAGUUUUGGCACAAGAUUCACUCAGAAGGGACAUUUAGUAUUUCACGCAAGAAGCCACACUGAGGGAAAACCAAUGAAUUUCAGUGUCUGACAACUUAUUCUGAUUCCUGCAACACAUUUACAGUGGAAAAAGCUUUUCAACUGCCAUAUUCAGUUUCCCGUGAGCCUCUAUUGAAGGUCCCGGUCUUUUUCACAACUAUCCAAUAUUUAUCAUUUUUUAUUAAUCGAAUAAAAUUGAGUUUUCUUUAGGUUAGGUUAUUUGAUAUCAAGCUUGAUCUUUUGUUUUAAUUUGUAUUUUGACUUUUCUGCUACUUUGAUUUACUCAGAUUCAGCUUCUGUCUCCUCUAUUUGUUGCUUUUGUAAAUCCUGUUGUGAAGUGACCUUGAGUGUCUUGAAAGGUGCUUUGAAAUAAAACUUUUUACACUGGUCAACAGACAAAUUUGCACAUUAAAUAUAUAUUUGUAGCUAAAUUGGGGU